AUCAAUAUUACCAAUUAUAGACAUUACAAUAUUUUUUAUUUCAACUAUGAUAAUAUUCCAAAAGAUACCCAGUUUAGAAUGACCCACGUAGGUGUAGAAAAUAAUCAAAAUACUAUAACUAAUAUGGGUAGUAUGGGUCCAGUCUUUUACUCAACAUAUAACGAAAAGAAAAGGUUAUUCCAAAUCGAGUUUUAUAUCGAAGAAAACACCAAUUCUGGGCUUUAUGGUUUUGUAUUAAAUUUUAUCGGAUCCAAUCUUUUCAGCUCUUAUUUAGACACUCAAUUAAUUAUUAAAAAUACAAAAAUGGAUUUACAAGGCCCAAUUUUUAAAACAAUUACAAAGAUUACUUCACCUAAAAUUGAUGAAAAUAACAUAAGUGGUGUUAUUGGAUGGAUAAUGACAAUUGAAGACCCAAUCAAUGGUUUUAAAUCCGGGUAUGUAACAGUUAGAGGCAGCGAAGAUUCAUCUGUAUUUAACUAUACAUUCACUGUAAAUGAUGUCAAGGCAGGAGGAAAUCAAUAUUCAGGUGAUUAUGAAGUUAAAUUGAUCAUUUCAAACCCAUGCAUUCCUCAAGUUUAUACUAUUACUGAAGUCACAUUGUUUGAUAGACUCGAUAGAAUUUCAUAUUUUUCAAUAUCACCACCAAAUGAAUAUACAUCUCUAAUCAAUCCUUUUCUAUAUUUUUUGAAUGAUUCAAAUAUUAAUAAGAUUUCAGUUGACUGUACACCUAUCUAUUGUUUAAAUCCACCCGAUCUUUUUUCUUUUAGUGCUUCAACAAAACAAUUGGAAGUAGGUGGCUUAAGCAGAGAGAUUUCAUUUACAUUUACAGCAUACGAUCUUGAAUGUGGUAUUAGAACAGAUCAAUACCCAAUAGUUUAUCUUAUUACAACAAUGAAUCAAGUUUUGGAAUGUAAGUCAAACAUUACCCAGGUUAUAAUGGACCUUCCUGUAAAUGAUGAACCAGUUUAUGGAAACGUUGUAGGUUAUUCGUGUACUAUUCAGGUACCAUUUGGUUUCGGAUACCCAGGCGGUAUUUUUAUCUCAGUAUAUGGUUUCAUUAACAAUUUUGGUUUAUUUAGUGGACUUUCAGCAUAUGAAAUGACACCCAAAGAUUUUGAUUACUAUAUCUCAACAACAUUCAACGAAAAUAAUCCCAAUCUUGUAACUUAUUAUAGAAUAACGGAAAGGGGUGGCGACCUUUGGUUAUUUGGCAGUGGUUUUGGAGCAACCUCAACAGCUUAUAUUACUUUUGAUGAUGGCAGCAAAAGUGUAAUUCAAGCUUCAAUAUCCAAUUCAACUGUUAUUAAACUACUAAAUGUCAAAGCAACCUUUAAACCAUAUAAAUUAUAUAUCAAAACAAAUUCAUUGCAAUCAAAUAUUAUGACCAUCGAACCAACUAUUUUUAAUAUUGUGGAUACACCUGAUCCAACAGAAACUCCUCCUUUAUCACCAAUACCAACAAAUAAACCACAAUAUUGUAUAGGUUCACCAGUAUGCGGAGGUCCAUCAAAUGGUAAAUGUGUUGAAAAUCAAGGCUGUGUAUGUUUUUCACCAUGGAUUGGCAAUGAAUGUUUAUCUCAAAUCAUAAUUAUGGAUCCUCCAACUGCUAAUGAAACUGAUCCAACAACAAAUAUUAAAUUAAGAGGUCCAGAUGAAAUCCUUUAUAAAUCAUUUGUUUCUUUAGUAUCAUUAAGAGAGUUGGAUGUUUUUGGUGAAAUGGUCGAACAAAGAGUAUUUAACAAGUGGCUAUUUACAUCAAUAAAUGAUACAACAUAUCAAUACUAUACAAACAUUACGGUAUCAAAUCAAACUGUUCAUAUUAAUGCAAUAAUAAGAUGGUUUACAGAAAAAACAAAAAUUUCAUUUGCAAACCAAAAUUUAGAAAUGUAUCCAUCUACUAUUAAAUAUACAGUUAAAAUCAGUCAAUACCCAUUCAAGAAUCAACUAAAUAGUUUACAAUUAGUCAUGUCUGCAGGUCUCCAGUCAUCAAGCACUAAUAAUAUAUGCUCAUCACAAAUGUUGGGUGAUACUUCGUCAGGAGAUAAUUCAAACUUUAUUAAAAUUCAAAUCGAUGAUCAUUCAUUAUAUGGUCGUUUAAUAAAAAGAUGUUUGUUGGAUGAUACAAUAAGAAGUAUAACAAAUGAAUUUAUUGACCAAAAAGAUCUCAACAUCUCUACAGGAACUUUUUUAAAUUCUCAAAAUCAAUUAAACCUUUAUAUUGGUAUUAAUAUAGGUUACUUUCAAAGCUCUGUAAUUAUUGAUCCUGACUUUUCUAUAAUAUUAGAUCAAUCAUCUGCAAACUUUGACUCACCAAAUUCCAUUUGUAAAAAGUCUCGUUUAACCAAAAGUCAAAUUGCUGGCAUUGCUAUAGGUGGUGCUGUUUUCAUAAUUGUAGUAAUAAUUAUCAUUGGAAGUAUAAUUUACCGUUCACAAAAUUGCUUCUCUGUAAAAAUUAUUAUAUACAAGACAUUUAAAAAAUCAAAAGUUUAA